AUGCCUCUCCUCUGUGCAGCACGUCUCCUUGCGCUGAGCGCACGUCUCAUCGCGUCUGGUCAUCUCUGCGUCUCCUCGCGUCUGGUCAUCUCUGCGUCUCCUCGCGUCUGGUCAUCUCUGGUCAUCAUGGGCAUUAGAGCUUCAGAGUUGCUGCUGCUCUGUGUGGGUCUGUCUCUACAUCACGCUGCUGCUGAUCUCGGAGAGCAACUGGACGCUGACCGGCGCGGUCUGGGCUCUGUGUACGGGCGCGCGCUGGCGCGGCUGGAGGAGCGGGACUGGGCGGGCAGCGUGCGCCUCCUGGAGCUGAGCGUGCGUCUCCAUCGGCUGCUCAUGGACAGCGUGGCCUUCUGCGCGCAGAGCUGUCGUGCGGGACGGAGCGACGCGCCACACCCUCCGGGGGGGACCCCUGAUGACCUGCACGUGUACUGGACCGUGCUGCAGCGCGCGUCCUGUGUAAAGAAAUGCCGCGCUCGAUUCCCCGAGCUCCAGUUCAGCUGGCCCGGAAAAGAAAUCCUCCGAGACUUCGAGAGGCGCGUUCCUUACAAAUACCUGCACGUGGCGUAUGAACAGCUGAAUGACAACCAGAGAGCAGCGUCAGCAGCACACACUUUCCUGCAGCGUAACCCUGGAGAUGUCGUCAUGGCAGCCACUCUGAGUCGCUAUAGAUACACUGAGGGUCUAGAGGACCUGGAGGAGAAACCAUACGAGAGAGUUUUUCUCCAGGCUGUGUUCCUGUUUAAUGGAGGGGACUUCAGUCGCAGCAUCUUUCUGAUGGAGGAGGCGUUGCUAGGUUACCUACAGGAGUUUGAGUUGUGCAGCUCCACCUUGGAGGACAUGGGUAAUGCCGUGGCAUGUGCUGCCAGCUACCUGCUCCUGGACCCAGAGGAUGCGGUGAUGAGGGAGAAUAUGAAGCUUUACCUCACCAGCCAGGAACAAUGGGGUCUGCAGCAACACCAUUACACAGCCCGACCAGCCACACCCAGGCCACACCCAGGCCACACCCUGUAG